AUGGUCUAUACAGAUAAAUGUCCAGUUUUGAGAGAUAUUGAAUGGAGAGAUAACUGUCGAUUUCCAGUAAUUCACAAAGGUAAAACACCAUCUGAUUGGAAGACCCAAAUCUGGGAUCAGUUGACUAAUUAUAAGAAUAAUAAUCAUUUAACUGAUGAUAAAAAUAUAGCAAUAUGUCAUUUGUGCAACAAACUAGUUUACUCUAAAAUAGAAUGUGAGUAUGAGUAUAGAUUUCGUCAUUUUAUGGAUAAGCAUUGGGGCACAAAUUGCACAGGAAAUGCUUAUUGUGAUAUUAGUUAUAAAGACUAUAUGGAACUUAAAAGCAGAUCCGAAGUUAGCAACUUCUACUUCGAAAAAGAAGCAAUUCAUCGUUAUGAAUUGUGGAUGCAGAAUGCUAUCAGAAGAGUUAAACGUGCAAGAGAGAUUAGGAAAAAAAUUCGAGCU